AUGGACGCCGAAACUAUCCAAAGCCUGAUCCUGAAGCCCCCCGAAUGGAUGUCGGAAUGCCACAUUCCCGAGGAGAUCCCCUGCCCGCUCACACGCAGUUGGGCGGAGGGGUUCGAGAAGGCGGUUAAAAUGCAAAUUAUGCCCCGUGGUCUCGUUCUAUGGUCGUUCAACCACAAGUUCCACCUAGGCGGCUGCCGUGUUCCUGUAUCUGCCAAGUUCCCGCUCAUCGCGAUCCACGACGACGCUGAGGCCGAACCAAUGCGUUGUGGCACACCCGGGGACAGAGCAGCCACCUCGCCACAAAUACUCGACUCGCCGCCUCAAAGUGUGGCGCGUUCGACACCGAGCACCAGCGACGAGGAUGAGGAGGAUGAGGAGGAUGAGUAUGAUGGUGACGAGGAUGAGGACGUGCCAAUGGACGUCGACGACGUUGACACAGCAGAGAUAUCAUCGUCUGGCACGAGAUUCAGUACGGCGCUGUCUCUUCUCUCUAGGGUUGCUGCUGCUGCUGCGGAGGCUUCUUUACCACCAGAGUCUCCAAGCCACAUCAAUGAGAACUCCGACAGCACAGCGCAAGCAGAACCAUCCAUUAUUCAAGUAGCUCCGCCGCAACAGGAACCAUUGUCCGCCAGGCCUCCGCUCGCUCCUCGUUCUAGAAAUGUUCCCAGGCCUAGCUCUGCAUCGUUUGUGGCUAGCUCUGCGUCAUUUGGGGUGUAUGGCGCAGGUUAUGGGUCUACUAUCACGACCCGGUCGGCAGCCAAGGUCAAGCGUGAGGCUCUUGAUGUUGACAUGUGGAAGGGUGAUAUACAGCAGCGGUCUGCAAUCAGUGCGCCCGCGGCGGCCGAGAAGAAGCGCGCGCAGCCGAGCAGGGCCCAGCGAACCGUCAGUGUUAUUUUCCGUCAUAUCCAGUUCCAUACUCAUCUGCAUUCUACGCCUCAGACGGCAAAGCCGGCAUGCAGGAAGUCCAAGUCCCCGCCGCCACAGCGCAAGAAGCAAGUGAGAGUGCGGACGUCACCGGUCAACCCAGAAGGCAAGAGCAAGGCGCAUUAUUGCAAGAUUUGCGGACAGUGCAUCUAUGGGGUGAAGGAACCGCUCCGCCACGUGGACACCGUCCACCUGCACCCCUUGGCCUAUCGUUGUCUGUGCGAGAAAAGCUAUUCAAGAGUGGACGCGCUCUCGCGGCACAUGAAGACUACCUGUAAGGAUGUGAAGCUGCCCAAGGGAGAGACGCUACCAUACGAUUUCGGCCGCCAUCCAUUUGACAUCACCCGAUUUGAAGUCUUGAUACAAGACCACCCUGUCGCGGAUUUGAUGCCGCUGGAUGAUGUUCCUCAAGACCUGCUGGACAUUGGGCUGCCUUUGGACGAACCGCCUGCGCUUGAAUCUUUUCUGUCGACGUCGGCAUUGGAAUCAGGACGUAAGCGGAGACGCCCGGCAGCGCCCAAGGCCAAGCCAUCCGCCAGCAGGCCCUCGCUUCGGGACCCUGGCACAAGUUCGCCGCCCCCUAUUUCGUCGUCUGUCUCGUCCAGCUCGUCCCGCGGCUCCUCCCCACUGACGGACCCGCCAACUUCGUGUGAGGGGUCGCACGAGUCCGAAGAAGAGUACGAGUCAGAGGAAGAGGAUUGA